CCGGUGUGGCGGGGAGAACGGGAAGGCCUACACUUUAUUAGGCAAUGGAUCUAUCCGUCCCGGCAGUACAGAGUCGAUGCAUUGCUCGUCACAGAUCUCUGUAGGUGGACGCUGGAACUACCUAAGGCGUGCAUUAAGUUGAGACCAGCCGGUUUAUGUCAGCAAGGUGACGACUGCAUCUUGUCCCCAAGUCUUGUGCCUGGCCCACAUUGAAGGCACCACAGCGGACGUCGGCCCUGCGACUCACGAUCAAAGUAAGCACUGGCCGUCAACCACAUGCACCACCCAGGCCCGUCCAACACGUGGAUCUUGCCUGUGCGCUAAGUCUGGACAUCGCUAUCACCACCAGGUCAGCCCGCUGACAUAACAACCUGCACCAUCCGUCACUGUGAACCAGGGAACAAACCCCCAAGGACAACUGCCCGCCCCAUCAAACGUCGCCGCAUAUCUCAAUCCGCGGCCUGGCUCAGCAGAGAGCAGCAAUGGCGGCAGCAGCUGCAGCUGCUGCAGAUGAUGAUGACGGCCACGGGGCCCCCUUCCGCCCGGCCCUGCUGGUCGUCGACUUACAAGAGGACUUCUGCCCGCCCACAGGCUCCCUCGCCGUCCCCGGCGGCCGGGCCAUCGCACCAGCAAUCAACAAGCUCCUCGCCUCCCCCGCGUUCGCUCUGCGCGUGGCCACGCGCGACUGGCACCCCGAGAACCACAUCUCCUUUGCGGCCAACCAUGCCGGCAAACAACCAUUUGUCGACACGGUGCGCGUCGUGAACCCUCUCCAAGCGGCUGCCCAGGAGGGAGAAGAAGAAGAACACGAGGCGGUAGAGUCCCGUCUAUGGCCGGUCCACUGCGUCCAAAACACCCCCGGCGCGGAGCUGAUCCCGGAGCUCGACGCCGCAAAGCUGGACAAGGUGGUCGACAAGGGCAUGGACCCGCGCGUCGAGAUGUACAGCCCCUUCUUCGACCCGUUCACUCCCCUCCCCGCCGCCACUGGAGGACAGGGACGAGGACAAGGACAGCGCAGGGUGUGUGACUCUGGCCUCGCGGAUCUGCUUGCCUCUCAUGACAUCACGCACGCCUACGUCGUCGGCCUGGCUGCGGAUUACUGCGUCCAGAGCGCGGCCGUGGAUGCCGCGAAGCUCGGCUACGUGACGUAUGUCGUCGAGGACGCGACGAGGGCUGUCGAUGCGGAGGCGUGGGACAGGGAAGGUAAGAAGGAGCUCCAGGCGAAAGGGGUGGGGCUGGUCGGGAUGGGUGACCAGGAGGUCCUGAGGGUUCUGUCGUCGUGAAUUUGAGUUUUACAUGUGAUUGAACAUUAAUACAGGGUCGAAAAAACGAGAAGAGAGUCGACGCAUGGUUGCUAGGAUGGACCAGGAGAAAGACGUUGGAGAGUAUGAGAAGGUUGGAGAACCAGCAUACGGGACGAAUGAUGAUACCCAGAUACUUUACUUCACAAGAUAUGAACACGAAUUUCGGUAUA